AUGGCACUCAUUAAUGAAAGCCACCCAGAAGAAUUCAUCCUAUUAGGCUUUGCUGACCACCCUUGGCUAGAGCUUCCUCUAUUUGUUAUUCUUCUUAUAACGUACCCCUUGGCUUUGAUAGGAAACAUCACCAUCAUUCUGGUGUCCAUGUUAGACCCCCAUCUUCACAGACCCAUGUAUUUCUUCCUCACCAACCUCUCCUUUCUGGACAUAUGCUACACCACAAGCUUUGUACCACAGAUGCUGUUUAACCUGGGAACUUCCAAGAAGACAAUCAGCUAUAUGGGGUGUGUAGUUCAGUUGUUUGUUUUCAGCACAAUGGGAUGCACAGAAUGUCUUCUCCUGGCUCUCAUGUCUUUUGACCGAUUUGUGGCCAUCUGCAGACCUCUGCACUACACCCUCAUCAUGAAUCAACGCAUCUGUAUCUUAUUAAUAUCUAUUGUGUGGCUAUGUGGAAUGACUUAUGCUAUCUCUGAAGCCACUCUUACAUUACAAUUGCCAUUGUGUGGUGUCAAUCAACUGGAUCACUUCUUGUGUGAGAUUCCAGUUCUGAUAAAGACUGCCUGUGGGGAAAAGGAGGUUAAUGAGCUUGUACUCUCUGUGGUGUGCAUUUUUGUAGUAACUAUUCCUGUGUGCUUAAUUCUUGCCUCUUAUGCUGGUAUUGGGCAUGCCAUAGUUAAGAUCAAAUCUUCUGAAGGAAGAAAAAAGGCCUUUGGGACAUGUUCCUCUCAUCUUCUUGUAGUUUUCUUAUUUUAUGGCCCAGUCAUUAGCAUGUACCUUCAGUCCCCCUCUUCUAUCUCAAGGGACAAACCCAAGUUCAUGGCUCUCUUCUAUGGAGUGGUAACUCCUACACUCAAUCCCUUCAUCUACACCCUGAGGAACAAGGAUGUGAAGGGGGCACUAGGCAAGCUGGUGAGCAGCAAUUUUAGUUACAAGUGA